GGCGGGUCUUUAAGGCAUGGGCCCGAGUAGCGCAAGAGAAGUUCGACCAAGAGAUGAAGCGACGCAAGGCAGUUCGAUUCUACUACUUUCUGCUGCUGCACAAGGUCUUUGAAGGAUUGAAGCAAUUUGGCCGGCAGCAGCAUUCGAGACGGCAGUUGAUUGAACGCGUCGCAACAAGAAAGGUCCAAGCGCGGGUUUUUUACCGAUGGAGCACCUACGUUCAUCAGCGCCAGCGCGAAGCCAUCAAAUUCCGCUUGCAUUGGACGCAAUGUGCCUUUCAUGCGUGGCAGGGAUUCCACCAACGUGCCGUCCAGCGGACUCGUUUGGUCCGAACAGCCGAGCACUUUCAUCGCACUUCGCUUCUUCGCCGGUCUUUUUCACGAUGGCGGGAAGUCCUCGCGAUUCGCAAUCAGCGCCGCGUCCAAGCAGAAGCGGGGUUCGAACGCCAUCAAGCACAGACCAGUCGAGCUCACGUGGUUCAAGCGUUUGAAAGAUGGCGCUGUUUUGUCCAGCGCAGACUGGCGCAGCAACUUGUCCAGUACAUCCUGCUUGUGGCGCCAAAUAUCGACCCUGCUCACUGUUCUGCAUAGCUAUCAAGCUCGAACUCAUUGGCAAGUGGCCGUAACGACGCGCGUGUUUGACGCAUGGGUGCAGUAUGUGGGAAUGCGUCGAUGGGACGAAAUUCUGUAUCUUCGUGCAGCGAAACACCGCGCGCAUGUCGUGCGAAAACACGUCCUCUCGAACUGGCGUCACAACGCGGUUGUAUGCAGGACUUCACGGGCUCAAACGGUCACGGCGUUGGCGCACUGGAAGCUGUCCAUGCAACGAAAGGCUUUCCACGGAUGGUUACUUCGAGUUCGAGCACGCCAAGCCAAGCGGUAUCAUCUCCAUGAGGCGCUGGAAUGGCGGCACGCGCACUUUCUCCAAGUUGGACUUGUACACUGGGCGCAAGCAGCCUUUGCACUUCGUGAACAGCGCCUCCUUCAAGUCCAGACUCACGCAGCAACGGUCGCUGCGCGUCUAUGGAGAAGAGUCGCGCGGAUUUCUGCCCACUGGAGAUAUGUCGCCAAGCACAGAAUUAUUCAAGGAGGCCGGCAGAACAAAGCGGUGGCAUUCCACCCGCUGCCGACGAAAGCAAGACGUGCUGAGGAAGUGAUUCAACCGCUGGGGAUGGCGAGCGUUGCCGUGGCGACAACGAUACAUCACCGCCUGCCUCCGAGGAAGCCUCUUGAACUACUCUACGACGGGGAUUUUGUUCCGUCGACAACAACAAGACCGAAGGAAUCGACCGCCGCCGCGAUGCACGUUGGUAUCGAAAAGUAUGGCAUGUCCAUGCCAAUGUCGCAAGCACCUCGAAGGUUACAUGCCUCAGCAGAGUCAGAGGGUGAUGACAUUGAACGCGUCGUGCGCGACAUGGAGAGUCGAAUGCUGUAUUGGCAAGAGAGGCGACAAUCCUGGAAAGCUCACAAGAAACACUUGGAUGCAUUGCGAAAGCACCUUGCCACCAGUGCCGGGGACAGUUCGUACGAUAUGAUGCGUCGUACGCUUGAAGUUAUGGAGGAAACGCACCUCGAGCACGUGGCAGCCCUCGCGUCGUCCAAGGCCGAAAUGGCAUCGUUUGCACGUCAGAUCGACCAGUUGCAUCGGCGCCGUGGGGACGCAGUGAUUCCAAACUAAUAACGCCAAACCGAACUCAUUCCUGGCAUCUCAUAUUGAGCAUGCUCUCCGUCCU